UUCGGCAAAAAUAAAAUAAAUUGAUUGUACUGAGAAGAAGAAGAAGAAGAGUAUAUAGAAGCUUGACGAUUGCCUCCAUUUCUCUGCUUUCUUUCUGCCUUCUGAAGUGUGAACCUGGUGUUUAGGAACAACACAUUGUGAGGCACGACAGUUUAACCCUGCUUCUGAGAUCAUAUUGAUGUUGCACAAUAUGCUUAAGGAAUAGUCAUUGUGCAUGAACUCUUGAAUUAAUGAGCUUUCAACAUGCGAACGACUAAUCGCAGUGGGGUUUUCAGAAAAUCAAAUGACAAUGGAAGGCUUAUAUUUACAACCCUCAUGGGCAUGAUUUUUGGAUAUUUGAUUGGCAUUUCUAAGAUACACUUACCUUUAAGCAUUAAAUCAUCUGUUAAUGAAGCCUUCCAUGAUGAUCAUCACGAAAAUAUGAGAGGCCAUAUCCUAGAUAAUUUACCAGAAUCCCGUGUUUCAAGCGAUAGGGGCACACCAAAGAUAUAUGUCCCAACAAACCCUCGUGGUGCAGAAUCAUUACCUCCAGGAAUUGUAGUGUCAGAGUCUGAUCUAUAUUUGCGAAGACUAUGGGGUGAACCAAGUGAGGAUUUGAAAAAGAAAGCAAAGUACUUGGUUACAUUUACUGUUGGACUGGACCAGAGGAACAACAUUGAUGCAGCAGUUAGAAAAUUUUCUGAUGAUUUUCAGAUUAUGCUCUUUCAUUAUGAUGGUCGGACAAGUGAGUGGGAUGAGUUUGAGUGGUCAAAGCAAGCAAUUCAUGUUAGUGUAAAGAAGCAGACAAAAUGGUGGUAUGCAAAGAGAUUUUUACAUCCAGAUAUAGUAUCGGAUUAUGAGUAUAUUUUAAUUUGGGAUGAAGAUCUUGGGUUGGAGCACUUCAAUGCUGAAAAAUACAUUGAGCUAGUGAAAAAACAUGGUUUAGAUAUUUCACAGCCUGGCCUUGAACCCGGCAAUGGACUAACAUGGCAAAUGACAAAAAGGAGAGGUGAUCGCGAAGUUCACAAGGAUACAAAGGAGAAACCAGGCUGGUGCAGUGACCCUCAUUUGCCUCCAUGUUCAGCGUUUGUUGAGAUUAUGGCGCCAGUGUUCUCCCGGAGUGCUUGGCGUUGUGUGUGGCAUAUGAUUCAGAAUGAUUUGGUUCAUGGUUGGGGUUUAGACUUUGCACUCAGGAGAUGUGUGGAGCCAGCUCAUGAGAAAAUUGGCGUGGUUGAUUCACAGUGGAUUAUUCACCAAGUAAUUCCCUCACUUGGAAGCCAAGGAAAGUCUGAGGAAGGUAAACCACCAUGGCAAGGGGUACGAGAGAGGUGUCGCAAUGAAUGGGCUCAGUUUCAAGAUCGCCUUACCACUGCAGAUAAUGCUUAUUUGGCCCAGAUAAGAAAAGAUAAAGCUUGAUAUGAGUAAUUCUCCUGUUACCUGUAGAAAAUAUGUGUUCCAGCUUUGGAUUUCUUAACCCCUUGUAUGGGUCAAUUUGGUUGUAUAGCAUAAUAAAAGAAAGACCCGAGGAAUUAAUAAUAGUGUAAAUAAUAUAACUGGGUAAUGGAAUUAAGGAAGAAUUGAGAUUAAAAGAAUAAUAAGAGGCAUAUGUAAAUGACAAACACAACAAGACAAGUCUUCCUUAUUUAAUUAAUGAAAAGCUCAUGAACUUGUCCUUCAUUAAAC